GCCGUUUUGUUUUUCCAGCGCCGUGUGUCAAGUUUCGCUUGCCGCUGUUGCUGGUUCGGUUUACAGUUCACGUCUGAUAAGCCGGCGACUCUCAUGAUUAUACGGCAGCUGCUUUCGCUUAAUUUUCGAGGUAUUAAGCGCGUUCUAACCUGCGUUAGAUCAGCUGCCACAAGUAUGGAGCAUGGGAAAGGUGGCAGGACGCUUUGCAGCGACGGGCUUGUAUGGAUCGACUUGGAGCUGACUGGCCUAGACCUGGAAAAAGACCGCAUCAUGGAGGUGGCUUGUGUGGUGACGGACAAGGAUCUCAAUGCUAUCUCAGGGGGUCUCAACUUGGUGUUGCACCAGCCAGAUGACAUUCUCACGAAGAUGGGGGACUGGUGCAAGGAGCAUCAUGGAAAGUCGGGACUGACCGAGGCCUGCCGUAAGAGUCAUCUGACACUCAAAGAGGCGGAAGACCAGCUUUGCAGUUAUGUCGGGGGUCUGGUGACACCUGGCCAGUGUCCACUUGCUGGCAGCACAGUUUACAUGGACCGUCGCUUUUUGCAGCGAGACAUGCCCCGGCUGGACAGCUUGCUCCACUACCGCAUUGUGGAUGUCAGCACCGUCAAGGAGCUUGCAAGGCGGUGGUUCAGGGAGGAGUAUUACCAGGCUCUGAGGCUGAAGACAGCAUCCCACAGGGCCAUGCCAGACAUUCUAGAGAGCAUAAAAGAGCUGAAGUUUUACCGGAACAAGAUAUUCAUUGCAAAAGAGUCCAGCAGUCCAAGCAAAGUAGAAGUAAAUAUGUCUAUUUAACAAACUUUGCCGUCUGUGACAGUGUAUAAGCGUUAUAUUUUUGAAAAGUUACUGUGGUACUCACACUUUCAUAUCAUACACUGCAUCAUCAUCAUCAUCAGCCUGACUGAACUCACGGCAUGGCAAAGCCAUCUCCCAUUUUAAUGUUAGAGCGUCAAAGAGCUCGUUUCACAGAAAUUUUGGCAUGGGCGUCGCCGGUUUUGAGUGAAAUUCAUUAUCUUUGCAUGACCGAAAAAUUAAGAAAGAUGCAAAUAAAAUUCCAGGUCUGACUGGGAAACCAAGUAGAGUCGCUUGCGUGGCAAGUGAGUCUUCUACCAUACA